GGGUGGAGCAUUUAUAUACGAUUGUACAAUGCAAGCGAUUAAUAUGAACUAUGAUGCGAGGGGAAUUCUUUACAUGUCCGAUGAUGUUCUUUUAAAAGUUGAAUCCCUAAGAGAGUUUAAUAUGAGCGAGAUUUGGCUGUCAAACUAUAAGUAUGGGGAGGAUGAGAGGAGGGAUUUGUUUAUUGCUAGUUAUAUUGAUCAAAUUAAUGGACCAAAGCAGUGCCACACGAAUAAUCUAACGUUACCCUGCAAUUUCACCAACAGACAUAUCCAGCCGUUUAUAGCUUUAAAAAGACAACUCCUUAAUGUCCACACAGAAAUCUUAAAUAAAAUAACAUUAGAAAUUCAUGAUGAUAAAUUCUUUACCAAUUUUCUGCAAUCUUUGGAAGAACGUUCGGGUGGUAAGAAACGAUUUUUCAAAACAAUAGUGGAUAUCUAUUAUCUCCCGAAGAGCUAUUGGGAACAGUUUAAUCGACUUGCAGAAGUAUUUCUCAAACACAGGGUGUUUAUGGAGCUCGCUGUUCCAAAUAUUCUACAUGGAAUAGAGAUAUUAAAUGACCAUCCAGUCACGCUUCUGGAAGCUAGAAACAUUUCCAGAAGUCAAAUGAUCCCAAUCUUAUUUCGGAAAAAGGCUUGGUAUGCUUGGCAUCCUUUUAAACUAGGGACGAUGGCACAUGGGGAUAAGGAUACAAUUCAAGCAUAUUGCUCGUUGUUUCAUGGACAAUGGUAUAGGAACCCUCAGUUUAUAAAAUAAUCGUAUGAUUCCGCAUUUAUUUGAAUUCACUUUUAACUAGUUGAUAUUAAUAUCAACACGAGUUAUGCUAUCAGUGAAAGGCCAUGAAAUCGUGGCUAUUAGCAGAUCAAUGAUACUUAGUAGAAUGAAAGAACAUUGGACAAAUA